AUGGAAGCAGGCUUCCUAGACGGCAGCUCUCUGCUCCACAUGGAGGGCGGUGGAAGCUCGGUGUGUCUCUGUGCACAGGUGCGGUCUGAGCCCAGGUGUGAUCUGACCGAGUUUCUACACCCUAACGGCACGUGUGUUGCAUGUGCUGUGUGCGAGCCUGGAGAACAGCUGUCGGAGGACUGUGGCUUUGGGUAUGGCGGUGACGGGGUGUGCGUUGGUUGUGAAAAAGGCACGUUCAGCACAGAAACAGGAGUGGCCCCCUGCAGGAGGUGCACCCAGUGCAACCUGCUGAACCGCCCGGUGGAGGCCGAGUGUUCUCCCACCAGAGACCGGCUGUGUGGACAGUGCCUGCCGGGAUUUUAUGAACUGAGGAGCAUGACGGGGGAGGUGGAGCUGCUCUGCGUGCCUUGUAGCCUCCAUGACACAGCUCACAAAGAGUGUCUGCUCUUCGCAUCUAAAAGCUCCAAAACACAGAGCGUUGUCUCGUUGCCUGAACGAAGCAUCAAAGAUUCUCCAGAGAAAGAAGUAAAAGAUGAAAAUCUUUCUGUGGUCCUGAUUGGCGCUGCAGUAGCAUCCUUGGUUUUUCUCAUUUCUCUGCUGCUUUGGAUCGUCCUCCUGACUGCUGAGAGGUUCAAGCAGGUUCCUGAGGAGGACUGCACCAAACCGGAGGGGCUUCUGUCUGCAGCGAACCUCGAGUACGAAUCUGUGUCUGGCCACACAGAGAACACAACCACGCAGCCAGGCAUCCCAUCAGAGACGGCUUCAACUGAAGAAUCGACGAGAGGCCAAAGCUCGGUGAGCCGUGAGAGUGAACUGCACCCCCCAACUUCUAUUGUGAUUAAUGUCACCACCAACAUCAAGCCCUGCAGUCAGAAAACUGAUAGCAUGACACAGGAAGGACGACAAAGCUUCACCACAGAGGAGAUGGAGCACAAGUUGCAGAAAAUCUGGGAGAUCACUCAGGGUCAGAGUAUCGAGAUGCUCGACUACGACUCCGUCCAGGAUUUGUCCCUGCUGCUCGACUCUCCUGAAAACACUCACGCUUUAAGGAAGCUGGGGCUGUCUUUAGGCGUGCCCCCUCAGGUCACUGCUCAUCUCCACAGCUUCCAGGACCUUUUUCAGUACCUGCGCACCUCCACCUACACACAGCUGCCUCAGCUGGCCCAGGCUGCUGCACUCUUGCCUAGUUUUGACAUUGUUUCCAGGAUACACAAAGCAGUGGUGAACAAGUGA